AUGGCUAGAGAAAAGGUUGUAGAGGAGUACAAUGCAUCAGCUUCGAACUAUGAGACUUUCACAGUCACCACGCCCAUCGGACGCCUCGAGACUGAGCUCUACCUAACCGCGCUCGGCGACCCUACUGGUCUCAACAUCCUCGACCUCGGCGGUGGGACCGGCUUGCGAGCUCGUCAGGCAGUCGAGCGCGGAGCAGCUGCAGUGGAUGUGGUAGAUAUCUCCCCCGAGAUGCUUCGCGUCGGGCAACACGAGGCCGCAAAGAAUGGGUUUGCGGACCGCAUCCGGUUUAUCGAGGCCGAUGUAUCGCAGAGCUUGAGCCAUCUGGACUUGCGAGAGUCUUAUGACCUCGUUCAAGCCAAUUGGGUCUUUGACCAUGCCGAGAGUAUUGAAUCCCUGGAGAGAAUGUACACGAAUGUCGUGGCUUAUCUGAAGCCUGGAGGCCGGUUUAUUUGCGUCCAUGUUGUUAAUCCCAAGGGCGCCAAUCUGAAGGGGAAGAAGUACGGCGCAUCACAUUCUGAGAUCGAGGAAACCCCUGGAGGCCUCAAGUACUGGGUGACGCUGUAUACCGACCCACCCGUCAAAUUCGGCUCAGCUUCGCUCGAGGUGCUUUAUUCUGGGUCUUUAAAGAUGCAUGAGAAAUUCGGGCUUGUUAAUGCCAAAGUCGUUCCAAUCGAGAAUACGAAAGUCGCUAGAGAAGACCCAGACUUUUGGCAGGAUUGCGUGAAAGAGCCCAUGAUACAAUUCGUCACGGCUUCGAAGGCAUAG